AAGUUGAGUUUGCGAGGCGACACGGCGGCGGCGGCCGCGCUGCUCCCGCUCCUCUGUCUCCCCAUGGAUAUGCACUGCAAAGCAGACCCCUUCUCCGCGAUGCACCCAGGGCACGGGGGUGUGAACCAGCUCGGGGGGGUGUUUGUGAACGGCCGGCCCCUACCCGACGUGGUGAGGCAGCGCAUCGUGGAGCUGGCCCACCAGGGUGUGCGGCCCUGUGACAUCUCCCGGCAGCUGCGGGUCAGCCACGGCUGUGUCAGCAAAAUCCUGGGCAGGUACUACGAGACUGGCAGCAUAAAGCCUGGCGUGAUUGGUGGCUCCAAACCCAAGGUGGCAACACCCAAAGUGGUGGACAAGAUUGCUGAAUACAAGCGACAGAACCCAACUAUGUUCGCCUGGGAGAUCCGUGACCGGCUUCUGGCUGAGGGCAUCUGUGACAACGACACAGUACCCAGCGUCUCUUCCAUCAACAGGAUCAUCCGGACCAAAGUUCAACAACCUUUCCACCCAACGCCGGAUGGGGCGGGGACAGGAGUGACUGCCCCUGGCCACACCAUCGUUCCCAGCACGGCCUCCCCUCCUGUUUCCAGCGCCUCCAAUGACCCAGUGGGAUCCUACUCCAUCAACGGGAUCCUGGGGAUCCCUCGCUCCAAUGGUGAGAAGAGGAAACGAGAUGAAGAUGUAUCUGAGGGCUCAGUCCCCAAUGGAGACUCCCAGAGUGGUGUGGACAGUUUACGGAAGCACUUGCGAGCUGACACCUUCACUCAGCAGCAGCUGGAAGCUUUGGAUCGAGUCUUUGAGCGUCCUUCCUACCCUGACGUCUUCCAGGCAUCCGAACACAUCAAAUCAGAACAGGGGAAUGAGUACUCCCUCCCAGCCCUGACCCCUGGUCUUGAUGAAGUCAAGUCGAGUCUAUCUGCAUCUACCAACCCUGAGCUGGGCAGCAAUGUGUCAGGCACACAGACAUACCCCGUCGUGACUGGUCGUGACAUGGCGAGCACCACUCUGCCUGGUUACCCCCCUCACGUGCCCCCUACUGGCCAGGGAAGCUACCCCACCUCCACCCUGGCAGGAAUGGUGCCUGGGAGCGAGUUCUCCGGCAACCCGUACAGCCACCCUCAGUACACCGCCUACAACGAGGCUUGGAGAUUCAGCAACCCCGCCUUACUAAGUUCCCCUUAUUAUUAUAGUGCCGCCCCCCGGGGCUCCGCCCCUGCCGCUGCUGCCGCUGCCUAUGACCGCCACUAGUUACCGCGGGGACCACAUCAAGCUACAGGCCGACAGCUUCGGCCUCCACAUCGUCCCCGUCUGACCGCCCACCCCGGAGGGAGGGAGGACCGACGCGACGCGAUACCUCUCGGUCACCGUUCCAGCCCCACCCCCAUCCCGAGACCCCCUGCAGCCCUUCACGUCACCAAGUGGAAGGCCGGACAGGACGGGUGGAGCCGCGGGCGGGACCCUCAGGCCCGGGCCCACCGCCCCCAGCCCCGCCCACCGCCCCUCCCCGCCUGCCUGGACUGC